UCACUCACUCUCAAAAAAAAAAAAAAAAAAAAGAAAAAGAAAAUUCUCUGCAACUCUCUCUCUCUCUAUCUAGUCCCACACUCUAUCUCUUUCUCUCUGUUUGUGAAUUUUUUCUUUUUUGAGGCAAUUUGUGUAUUAGAUCUCUUUUGAAUUUGCACUACGAAAUCUCUUUCUUCUUCUUUUUUUAAUUUUUUUAAUCUGGCCCCAAAUCUAUGUAGCAGUUGGUGUAUUCGUUUUUUUUCUCCGCUUGUAAUCGUUCGCAUUCGAACAGUCUCGCAUGAUGUCACUUCAUAGAAAAACCUCGGUGAUAAGCAUAUCUUCGAUCUGAAGGAACAGUGGUUCAUUUAUUGCGAUCAAUCCGAGUCCGUGAUUCAGUGAUUGGAUACCCUUCUUUGCAUUGAAACACUUCCCUAAAAAAUUCGUGUCAGAGCUUAAAGAAUUUACUCAUGCAUGAAAGCAGGGGUAGCAAAUGGAGUUCUGGGAAUUUUCCUGUAUGACCAAUUAAUCUAAAACCCAAUUUUAAGAUUUGGGUUUGUAUAGGUUUUUUGGGUAUUAACCAGUGGAAGUGAAACUCCUUUUGUUUUUGGGUGAAAACUGGACCUUUUUUUAUUGAAAUUGAGGGAUAAAAAAUUUUGAAAGGCAUAUAUAAUAUCCGAAUGCUGGAGGCUGAGCUUUGUUCUUCGCGAGUUCUGUCGCCUUUACGCGAAGAAAGUGGGGAUGAAGAGCUUUCUGUUCUACCCAGACACACCAAAGUUAUUGUCACUGGAAACAACAGAACAAAGUCUGUAUUGGUGGGUCUGCAAGGCGUGGUCAAGAAGGCUGUUGGUCUAGGAGGUUGGCAUUGGCUGGUUCUGAAGAAUGGGGUUGAAGUCAAACUACAAAGGAAUGCACUGAGUGUGCUGGAACAUCCAACAGGCAAUGAAAUAGAUGAUGAUCAUGAUUAUGACAACUCUAGCACUAGUUCUGACAUCGUUGACAAGGACAAUGAUUUCUCUAGCAGUACUGAGUUCCACAAACUGAGUAAGCCAAGAAUUCGGCACGCGAAGCGCUGGAUUCCUCCUACCUCACUAAAACCAAUAAAUCGCAGCACCUAUAAAGAAGUACAAUCUAUCCACACAUCUCAAUCGAGCAUAAACAUGGCGAAACUUGGAAUGGACGCAUUGCGGAGAUAUUGCAAACACUUCAACCUUUUAAGCAGCAAUUCCGAUCCUACAAGGGAACACAUGGUUAAUAUAGUACAGCGACAUUUUACAUCACAUCAGCCAUUGGAUGAGGCAUCAGUGAUCACUGAAUUCGUUCAUUCUGCCAAGAGAAGGAAGGAAGAAGCCGAGUUUGCUGAGACAACAGCAAAGAUACAUAAAGAGUGAGAGCUCUGUAUGUUGAAUUGCGUGCAUAAUAUUAUACAUAUAUCUAGAUAUAUAUAUAUAUAUAUAUAUAUAUAAUCUUAGCCCUAACCUUUUAGAUGUAAUCUAAUUGUAGACUGAUAUUAUGGGGGGGUGGCGUUUGAUUGUUUGACCAUAUUUUCUCCCAUGGAUUCUAACCUUGUAAUAUUUUAACUGAUGGCCCUGAUCAUAUCACAUACUAGAUCUCUCUCAUUAUCA